GUGAGUUCAAGCUAAGAAGGUUGCGAAAGAUUGACAUUCUCUUCCUCUUCAAAUGGGAAGGAGACUAUUUGCGCUGGUUCUCCCGGCGGCGCUGGGUUGUCAAUGGAAUCAACAUCGUCAUCUCCAAAUAGUCCCCGGAAUACUCCCCAACCCGUGAAUCCCCAAUUGCUCCGGUGUGGAUCAAGCUUGAGCAUAUUUCCAGUUCAUCUCAACGACCAUGAAGUUCUCUUUAAAGUGGCUUCCCUUUUCGGUAAGCCAAUCAAAGUCAACUCCAACACUGCGAUUGGUGUAUUUCCUGAACAACCCAGAUUCUGCAUUGAAAGAGACACCUCGUUGCCGUUCCCCUCCCGUCUGCAUAUUCGGCUAGGAAGCAGAGAUCUCUGGAUCCCUUGUAAGUUUGAAAAUCUUCCACAAUUCUGCUCUUGCUGCAAUAUUUUUGGGCAUACUGUCAACAACUGUCGGAAACACAAACACUUGAGCCUCACCAGAAAAGCUCCGGCCGGUGAGGUGGACAUCAUGGGAGCAGGGCUUAAGGAGGAUCUUGCAGGAUGGACAUGGGUAAAAGGAAAACGACAUAGCAGGCCAGAUUCUAAUUUGGGGGUCCCAACGCUUGUACCACACCUUCUCAGUAGAGAUGACUACUGGGUCUGCAAACCUUCCUCUGCCUCCAUGAUGUGCAUGGACUUUGGGAAGCUUGACAAAGAAGAUGACUUCUCCUCUUUGUACUACCUUUCCGAAGGCAAUGAAGGGGGUAUGUCUUUCGAUGGUUCUGAGCUUCUUCCCUUACAGGACUCUAACCUGCUUCAUUUGAUUAGCUUUGACGACGAAGAACAAGCUACUCACUGCAUAUUCUCCAUGGUAAACAAAUCCAACUCCACAAUUAUCAUCUCUUCUGUUUAUGGGGCUCACACGGUGAUUGAGAGAAGGCAGCUUUGGGAGAGCUUACAGGGGAGGAGCAACACUAAUCAUAAUUGGGUGGUGGGAGGCGACUUUAAUGCUAUUUCUUCCCCUUCAGAAUACAAAGGUCAGUGCAAACCAAAUGCACUUGGAAUGGAAGAGUUCAACUCGUGCAUUGAAGCUUGCAAUCUGUUCUGUCCAGAACCUUCCGGAGGUCUCUUUACGUGCCGUGACAGUGGCCCCUCUUCAUUCCGAUUCCUGAAUGCCUGGAUUUACCAUGACCAGUUCUUCCAGGUGGUUAAGGACUGUUGGACUAAGACUCCCUACUCUGGUGGCAUGCGUGGACUUGUGGCAAAACUCAAAGAUCCUACCGCUGCCAAUCGUGAAUUAGCCGAGAAGGCAAGCGCCAAACUCCUACUAGCUACUCACAAAGAGGUGGCUUAUUGGAAGCAAAAAGCUAAUGCGAGAUGGCUUGAAUUUGGGGACUCAAACUCCAAGGUGUUCCAUGCCUUUGCAAAUGGGAAGAGAAGGAAGCUUGCCAUUAAUCAUAUUAUUUCGGACGCUGGUGUUAGGCUCUCCAUUCAAUCUGAGAUCUGCUUGGAAGCUGCUUCCCACUUCUCAAAGCAGUUUCAGGCCCUCUCCCCCUCCAACCCUAUCCACCCCCUCUCACAAAUCCCUAGUAUCAUCACAGACAGUGAUAACUUGCAGCUCAGUAGGAUUCCUUCCUUGGAGGAAGUUCGACAGGCAGUUUGGGAGCUGGAUAGUAGCAGCGCCUCAGGACCGGAUGGCUUCAAUGGUGUUUUCUUCCGCACUUGUUGGGACAUUAUUAAAGAGGAAAUGCUCAAAGCCUCUCAAGAAUUUUUCUUGGGAUUCCCCAUUCCGCGAGCCUACGGUAGUACUCUCAUUUCCCUUAUCCCCAAGAAGGAUAGUCCCAAACGCUUUGAUGAUUUCAGGCUCAUCUCCCUUAACACAUUCAUGAGCAAGGUUAACACCAAAAUCCUCUCCAACAGGCUCAAACCCUUGCUGCCUAAGCUAAUCUCCUCAAAUCAAGCAGCCUUUCAACAAGGAAUUAGCAUGGCUGACCACAUCCUUUUAGCGCUAGAGGCUGCUCACAACUUGGACAGGAAAACUUUCGGAGGAAACAUGAUAAUUAAGAUUGACAUCGCCAAAGCAUUUGACACUCUACGCUGGGAUUAUCUUGAGGCAAUACUAAAAGAGUCCGGCUUCUCUAGACACGUCAUUAGUCUUCUCCUGGCAAACCUUAAAGGCACUAUGCUCUCGGUUUUUAUUAACAGGCAGCCCACCGGUUACUUUCCUAUGUUCAGGGGUGUCAAGCAAGGUGAUUUGGGCAUUAAUGACUUGCGGCAGAUGCAGCUUCUUCACUCAAUAAACUUAUGGUGGCGGGUUUACCAUGAUAACGCGGAAGCCCAAACCCUCCUCUCUGGGACGGGAAACCCUGCUCCUCUAAGACUGUACUUAGCUCUAUUGGAGAUGGUCUCCCUUCAAGGCUCUCUUGCAAAUAUAUUUGGCAUUCAGCUCAAACCCCCAAGCUUAGAAUUUUUCAAUGGAAAGCUUUCUUUGGCUAUCCUCCCUUUCCAGAUCGGGCUGCUAGGUUUUCGGCCAGUCUUUCUAGUAGGUGCCCCCUUUGCAAAUCCUUUGAUGAUACCUUGGAUCAUACCCUUGCAUCUUGUCCCCUCAGCUUGCAAGUUUGGAGUUAUUUUGCAGCCCUCAUAGAUGCACCUAAACCGUCCUCAGAACUACGACUAAAUCAAAUUUUCCUCACAUGGUGGUUCAGUGCUGAGUCCUCUUCGUUUAAGGGUAUUCUA